GCGGACCGUUCCGGACGCCGCACGGUCCCCCCCCCCCACAGUAUCCCACCCCCUCCCCCGACCCCCUCCCACCGGCGCCCGGCGCCCGCUGCGCCCCACAUGGCCUCCGCCCCGGAGGACCCUGUCUUGGAGCGUUAUUUUAAAGGCCACAAAGCUGCCAUCACCUCCGUGAGCUUCAGCCCCAACAGCAAACAACUUGCUACUGCAUCCUGGGAUACCUUUCUCAUGCUAUGGAAUUUGAAACCACAAGCUAGAGCUUACAGAUAUGUAGGUCACAAGGAUGUUGUAACCAGCGUGCAGUUUUCUCCACAAGGGAACUUACUGGCAUCUGCCUCACGAGACAGAACUAUUAGACUCUGGAUUCCUGAUAAGAAAGGGAAAUCUUCAGAAUUUAAAGCUCACACUGCUCCAGUUCGAAGUGUAGACUUUUCAUCUGAUGGCCAAUAUCUUGUUACAGCUUCUGAAGACAAAUCUAUCAAAGUAUGGAAUAUGCAUCGCCAACGCUUCUUAUAUUCCUUAUACCGACACACACACUGGGUACGCUGUGCCAAAUUUUCACCUGAUGGAAGACUUAUUGUAUCGUGUAGUGAGGACAAAACAAUUAAAAUAUGGGAUACUACAAAUAAGCAGUGUGUUAAUAACUUCUCAGAUUCUGUAGGAUUUGCAAAUUUUGUGGACUUCAACCCUAAUGGAACAUGUAUAGCUUCGGCAGGUUCUGAUCACACUGUGAAAAUCUGGGAUAUCCGAGUGAAUAAAUUACUCCAGCAUUACCAAGUUCACAACUGCGGAGUUAACUGUGUGUCAUUCCACCCUUCCGGUAACUACCUCAUCACCGCUUCUUCUGAUGGCACGCUUAAGAUUCUGGAUCUCUUGGAAGGAAGACUCAUAUAUACACUUCAAGGGCACACGGGACCUGUCUUUACCGUUUCAUUUUCCAAAGGUGGGGAGCUGUUUGCAUCAGGUGGCGCAGAUGCACAGGUCUUACUGUGGAAGACUAACUUUGAUGAGUUUCUUAGUAAAGAUUUUGCUAAAAGAAAUCUCAAAAGAUUGCAUUUUGAUUCACAACCACAUCUGCUCGACAUCUACCCAAGAACACCACAUCCCCAUGAGGGAAAAGUUGAGACCGUUGAAAUUAAUCCAAAGCUGGAUGUAAUCGAUUUGCAAAGUUCUUCUCCCCCUGUUGUGGACAUCCUUUCUUUUGAUUCUACCACAACAACAGACACCGUUGAUAGAACUCAGCCAGACAAGAAUGAAGAUAUCAGUGGGUAUUUCAUGAACCCAUCCUUGGUACAACCAGGAUGUUCACCAGCUGUGAGAAAGAAAACAGAAGAUGUGAGCGACCUGCUCUCUGAGAAUCAAAGAAGUGUACCACUUGCUGUGACCGAUGCACUAGAGCAUAUUAUGGAACAGCUCCACGUCUUGACACAGACUGUUUCAAUUUUGGAGCAGCGGCUGACUUUGACAGAGGAUAAGCUGAAAGACUGCCUUGAAAAUCAGCAAAAGAUUUUCAUUGCCAUCCGCCAGAAAAGUUGACUAGGGAAGUGUGAACAGAAGCAUGAGAAAUGAGCACGUGUAUGUACUCAGGAAGGUAGCCCCAGAUGCUCCACGCCAUACCCCAUGCGCCACUUCCCAUGACAUUUCUUCAGAGGGUGAGCAACAGAACAAAAGACAGAAAAGGCCUAUUUAAGGACCAAUUUAAACACACAAAUCAGUGUCAAGGACUAAUUUACAUCACUCCCAGCUAUGAUUGCAGUAAUAAAGUGGAAAAGCACUCAAGCAAUUCUGCAUUCCCACCCCCCACCCCCAUAUCAUUUUAUAUAAAUGUCAUUUUUCCAUUCAUACUCCAAAUCCUGUCAGGAAAGUAACCAAAUCUCUGGAUUUUACUGCUAAAGUAUUUGAGAUUGAUCAUGUUCAGGAAAUCCCUUAAAGUAAUUAAUUUGUUUCUUUAACAACACACUGUACAGUGAAAUGAUUCAAGUUUGAAACAGCAUUCAGAAGUGGAGAAUGAGCUAUUGAUCUGGCUCAUGUUUCUUUCAAACAACAAAAAAGGUAUUCUCUUAUUAAGGCCUUAAGAAGAUAAUGAAUAAAAAUACCAACAGUCUAGAACUUCCACAUCAAGAAUAUACCUGAUUAGCAACAGGAUAUAUGUAAGGUGAGGCACUGGGUUUUUAUUUGAUUUCUGGUGUGCAUUCUUUAUUUUUUGACUGACCCAAAGGGAAAUUGUGAGUUAAAAGCACUUGAAGCACAUGUGUAGUUCCUAUCACAGAUUAGUGGAAUGAUCUGGGUUGUACUGUACCUGCAGUCACAGUUCGCAGAGAUUAUGUUAGUUUGAUUUCAGCAUGCUAAAAAGCCAGAAUGAUAUAACAGAUCUGUUUAAAAAUAUGCACAUGUAUAUACACAUGCUUCAGAAAUGCCUUUGUUUAGGGUUUUUGGCAGCUGAAAAAAAUAAGUUGUUUUUUUUUAAUUUUUGAAAAGCGUCAUUUACAUCAUUGUCUUUCUGGGUUUUUAAUGAAUUGUGACUUGAAACAAAAUGAAAAUGAGCCAGACUUCCUAAAAGAUCGUGGUUACAGAUUAAGAAUUUUAUUUUAUCCUAAACAAAAUGGAGAAUAAAGUUUAAUUUUUUUAAAGCAGGCAAAUUAAUUACAGCUUGCUUUUCUAGAAGCCUAAAUCAAGAACAAAGGUGGGAGAUGGGAGAACACAUUUAUACUCUGUAUAGAUAAUGUGAGGACAAUACUAUCUAUGAUUUAAAAACUAAAAAGGUAAGGUCCUAUUUAUGUGAGAAUCUAUACUCCGAAAUUUUUUCAAAGCCAUUUCAAUUGCUGCCAUGAGUUAGUUUUAUUUUUUUUAACAUCUCCUUGUGUGUUGUAAGUGCCUUUUAUAUUGUGUUCUUCUAAACAUUCUCAAGAGCUUACAAAGACUACAUGGUAUUAUAUUUUUAUAACUUCAUUGAAAAGACUAAAUAAGAAAUGAAAUGU